AUGUGACCAUGGCUGUUUGCACUGGAAGUAAAAUGUGACAGGUAGCUGCUCAGGUUGCUGAGUUUGAUUCAAUGUUUUCAAAGCUGAGGAACGUUUUGUUUAACUGUUUGUUUGAUUGAUGAUGUGAAGAACUUCAGACCAAAAUCUGCAGCUGUUACAAAGUUUUGAUCUUUAACUGCAGGACCCAAUGGCUCUGAAACAAAUGCUGUUUGAGACACUACAGGAGCUGGGAGAUGAAGAGUUUCGUAGCUUUAAAUGGUUCUUGCAGCAGACAGAUGACGUCAAUGGUCUUCCACUCAUCCCAAAGAGUCACCUGGAGAACGCAGACCGACAGGAGACAGUGGAUCAGAUGGUGCAGAAGUACAACCGCUGGGCUGUGGAGGUGCUGAAGAAGAACCUCCAGAAGAUCUACAGAAAUGACCUCCAGGAUAAAUUAUCAAACAUCCACAGACCUGUGCAAGACAUGGAAAAUUCACAACCUGUUAGAAACUACAAAGAAAGGCUGCAAUCAAACCUCCAGGAUACAUUUAGGUGUAUACAUGAAGGGUGGACUUCAAAAAGGAAUACAGUCAAUUUAGAUGAAGUCUACACUGAGCCGUGCAUCACAGCAGCAGGAGGCCAGCCUAUCUCCAGGUUCAUCAGAAGAAUUGAAAUGGCAUUUGGAAAGCCGUCUGAACCAAAAAUCAGCAGCAUAUUCACACACCUGUCAGGAGCAAAAACAAACAUCAGAACAGUGACGACCAGCGGAGAGGCAGGAAUGGGAAAAACCUUCUUGGUUCACAAAUUUGUUCUUGACUGGACAGAAAACAGAACCAGUCAGGAUGUUCAUCUGAUGUUUCCCCUCAUGCUUAACCUGGUGAAUUUUCCACGGCAGGAGACAUUCAGUCUGUCUGAACUGAUCCACACAUGUAUUCCUGGAACUGUGCACAUGACAAAGGAGGAACUUAACCACAUCUUCACAUCACUGCAGACAUCAGGAAACUCUAAUUUUGAUAAGAGUGAAUAUAAAAUCAUUUUUAUAUUGGAUGGCCUGGAUGUGAGCAAACUUCCACUGGACUUCACUGCUGCAGAAAAACUGCCUGUUGAUGUGACAAAACCUGCUCCAGUGGAAACGCUGGUGACGAACCUGAUUCGAGGGUACUUGCUUCCCUCGGCUCGCCUCUGGAUCACCACCCGACCUUCAGGCAUUGGCCAGAUUCCUCCUGAAUUCAUCCACAUGGAAACAGAGCUCCGAGGAUUCUCUGAGCAACAGAAGGAGGAGUACUUCAGAAAGAGAUUCGGAGAUGAAGAGCAGGCCCACAGGGUCAUCUCCCACAUUAGGAUGUCACCUAGCCUGCGGUACAUGUGCCAUCUCCCAGUCUUCUGCUGGAUCACUGCUGGGGUUCUGCAGCCCAUGUUAAAGACCAGCACUGGAGGAGAACUGCCCAGUACUUUAACUGGGAUUUACAUUGAGAUCCUCAUGGUUCAGAUCCAAACCAUGAAACAAAAGUUUGGCAAACCAAAAAGCUUGAAGUACCUCGAGACAUUGAUGAAACUUGCUUUCAACCAGCUAGAAAAUGGUGGCCUGUCAUUUUCUGUGGAAAGCAUAAAGGAGGACGAUGUUAACAGCUUCGAUGAUUUUUCUGUAUACCCAGAAGUAUUCUUACAGUUCUUCAAGGAGGAGCAUUGUCUGAAAAUGAAUGGAAAGAAAGUGUUUAGCUUCCUCCAUCAGAGCAUAGUAGAGUUUCUGGCUGCUCUGUUUGUCGUCUCACACAUUAGGAACAAACCAAAAAAUACUUUCCGAAUUCCAGGCUUAGUUUACAGCCAAAAGCACCCACAGGAAACCGUCUAUGAAAUCAUCGACAAAGCUGUGAAGAGUUCAGAUGGACACCUGGACACAUUUCUUCGCUUUCUCCUUGGUCUUUCUCUGCAAAGAAGUCAGCUUCAUCUUAAAGAUCUACUUCCACAGACAGGAAGUAGCUCACAGAGCAGACAGCUAACUGUUGAUCACGUUCAAAAUAAAAUCAGAGACAGUCCUUCUCCAGAAAGAAAAAUCUCUCUGUUCCCAUGUCUGAAUGAGCUGAUGGACAGUUCUCCAGUAGACGAGGUCCAGCAGUUCCUGAAAUCAGAAACAGGAUCUGUGGAUGAACUGUCUCCUUCUCAUUGGUCAGCGAUGGUCUUCAUAUUACUUUCAUCACUAAACGAUCUACAUGUCUUUGACCUGAAAAAAUACUUCCCUUCAGAAAAGUUUCUCCUUGCUCUCCUGCCAGUGGUCAAAACCUCCAAGACAUCACUGCUGACUGGCUGUAACCUUUCAGAGAGAAGUUGUGUUGCUCUGUCCUCAGUCUUUAGCUCUCAGUCCUGUAGUCUGAGGAAGCUGGACCUGAGUAACAAUGACCUCAGAGAUUCAGGAGUGGAGCUGCUGGCUGCUGGGCUAAAGAGUCCCCACUGUCAACUGGAAACUCUCAGACUUAUCUGCUGUAACUUGUCAAAGGGAAGCUGUGAAACUUUGUCCUCGGUUCUUGGAUCGGAGUCCUGUAGUCUUGAAGAGUUGGACCUGAGCAGCAAUGACCUGCAGGAUUCAGGAAUGGAGCUCCUAUCAGCAGGACUCAGCAGUCCACAUUGUAAACUGGAGACAUUAAGGGUCUGUGACUGUAAGCUGUCAGAGGAUAUUUGUGAUGCCCUCACGCUGUUGGAGUUAUGUAGUCUGAGACAGCUGGACCUGAGGAACAACGAGCUGGGCCCGUCAGCAGAGGAGCUGCGUCAAAGAUGUACACAAAUAACUAUUUGGACUCACAUCUGUCUGGGAGGAAUGAUCUCUAAAAGCGUUCUGAUCCAGUCAGGAUGUCCUUCUGUCUAUCAGCUCAGAGUAAAAAAAGAGAAGUCUGGACUUUUGACCAGAGUCACGGUCGGUGAAAAACAAAUGGACGAGAUGAACAGAAAAAUAUUACUUAUUGGUGAAGCGAGAGCAGAAAAAUGUGCUCUCAUAAACGCUCUGUUGAACUACAUCAUAGGAGUGAGGUUUGAUGAUGAAAUCUGGUUCCAGGUCACAGAGGAGGAAGGACAUCAGGCAACAGAUGUGAUGAUUUAUGAGAUCUUUGGUUUUGAAGAUAAAUCUCUGCCCUACUCUCUGACCAUCAUUGAUGUUGCUGGACAUGAAGGCUUUGAAAGAGAUGCUGUUAUCAGAGAACAGUUAUCAGACAUGGAUGACCAAGUAGCAGUUGUGUGCCUGGUGCUGAACGCAGGUGACAGUCUGCAGAGCAGCCGACUGAAACACACGUACGACUCAGUCAUGUCUCUGUUUGCAGAACAAGAGGACAAAUGCACAGUCAUUUUAAUCACAAACUCAGAUGGACAAAAUCACAGCAACGUUAUGCAAUAUCUGGAAACUACACAAAUUAAAUUUAUUAAAAAUGAAAAGAGGGAACCAUUUUACUUCCUGUUUAAUAACCGGCAGCAUGAAGACCGGACUGGAAACGCCGACGAGCUGGAGCAGGCUUAUAAAUUAUCAGAGAGGGAACUCUGGAAGUUCACAUGUUUUCUGAAAGAAGCUGAGGGUCGAAUGAUUUUGGCAGCAGUUGAAGAGCUUCAUGAGCAUGGCCGACUUAAAGCUUGCAUCCAGAACCUGCAGGACAGAAUCCAGCUGACGGAUUUAAAGGUAGCGGAAAUCAAACAGAUUCAAAAAGCUCUACAGAACCAUGUAGGAGAGGUGAAAAACAAUGAAAGCUUCGCUGUAGAAAUGGAUGAAGUUUAUAAAGACACAGAACCCAUCGGGGGUGGGAAGUGGUUGUGGUUUUUUUAUGAUGGAGCCCUCUGCUGCACCGUCUGUGAAGAAAACUGUCAUUAUCCUGGAUGCACAGUCGCCAAGACACCAGAAGACUGUGAGGUGAUAAAAGACGGUUUCUGUGCUGUUUGUACCAACAAGUGUCCCGUUUCAGCUCACGUGAAAGAAGAGUGGAGGUAUGUGACCAAAACAAAAAGAGUUGAGAUGACACUUCUGGAUGUGAGGCAGAAGUACAAAAGGAAUGAGACCAAAAGUGAGAACAAUAUUAGUCUUUCAGAUCAUCUGGAAGAGGAAAUAAAACAUCAGAAAGCAAAGAAGUCCCAGAUCAUUGAUGAGAUCUACAAACAUGUUGUCAGACUGCAGCAGAUUGACCUGAAGGAUGAUCCAGCACCCAAAUAUCUGGACUUACUGAUAGAAAGUGGAGACACAGAGAUGGUGCUGAGACUGGAGGGCCUGAGAAAACAAGAUGGUCAAAAUACUGAAUGACCAGAGGAGCAGCUGGAAGGACAAGAUUUGAUCUGUUCGUUUACUGCUGGCAAGUAAAACCAUAACAAGUAUUAAUGUAAUUCAUGUUCCAUUUUAACAAGUUAGCAGUCAAAAGUUUACAGUGGAAGAAAUAGAAGAAUAGCAAAUAUCAUAUGUCAAAUAUUACAUGUCAUGUCUCAAUCUUCACUGAGAUGGUUUUGCUGAAAUCUAGUUUUCCUUAAAAAAAGUAAAAAGUUUGAGGACAGUUAAUUUUUAAAUCACAAGCUGAAAGAUUUUACAGCACAUGUAUCGAACAGAAAGAAGCAGAAUAAGUUAUUAUAUGGUGAAGGUUUUAAAUCCGCUGUCUUCUGUUUCCCACAUUAGAUUUCCUCCUGUUGGUUUAACCUUCUGAAUAAGCUUCAUGGUUUUUCCUGUUAGAAAGUUUCUGUUGGUUCUCAAACACAGAACAUCACUAGGAAUAAAAUUAUUGAUUCAUUUCAGGUAGAAAAGAAAGAAUAAUGUGAGUCCAGGUUGGACUCUUGGCUCACUCUGUGUUUCAACCAGAACAGGGUCUGUACCUGUUGGUGGUAACGUUUUACAUGAAACUGUUCUGAAUGUUUAAACAUUGCUUUCUGGUAUAAAGUGAAUGUAAAUGUGCGUCUCUUAUUGCCUGCCUUUGGACUGAGACUAAAAUGCAGCCAGGAUAAUUAUAUUGGGGCAUGUGGCUUAUGUGUCCGAGUUAAAAAAAUAAAAUGAAUCUAAACACAACCUGAACUUAUUACACCAUUCCUGACACAUAUGAAAAGAUCCAAGAGCAAAAAGAGAUGGAGAUGACAUUUUAAUUCCAGAAUAUAAUGUUAUCAUUACUGCUGCAUUAUAGAUGUAACUUUGACUUAAAGUAAGAAACGUAUGAAUCAGUGAAUAAGAUAAAACUAUAACAGUUUAGUUUAGUUAUACAUUUGAAAAUUGUACCUGAACUUUCUUCAAUAAAUCACUUAUGCAGCUGCGUCCCGACCAGAAGAGGGCGAUGCUGCACUAAAUCUGAUUAACUAUGGAAAAGGACCAGAGCGAUGCCUCUGUAAUAACAUUAAGAAUUAGAUUUUUACAAAUGACCUGAAACAGGAAGCGUCUACCACCGAUUGGAAGAUGUCCUGCAUUACAUCACAGGAAAAACUCAAUGCAACCAAGAGGACGUCUGCAAGAGGAAGAGCAAAGGGCAUAAACACGGGAACAUUUGGAAAAGAGGAAAGAACUUGGAGUUUAUUGUAAAGAAAUCACAGGAGCAUAUUACAAAAGCAAAGUUUAACUGGUUUAGGUAAUGUGUUUUUUACAAUGUAAAUUAAACUGGAAAAUCAAGAAUUAAAAUGUUUUAAGUUUUUAGGAAUGUGGUUAGAUGAAAAACUGACAUGAAAGAUACACAGUCAUAGUUUUGGACAAAUGUAUAAAAGCUCGAAUUAUAAAGAGCUGCUUAGGAGGAUUAGCAUUAAGGGUCAUUUACGUUGGACUAAUACGGUAAGCAUUAGGCUUUGGGUGUAAGGUAUUGGUUCAGCAGCAGACAUUUUUAAAAAUCUGGAUCAGAUUUUAAAAUGACAUACUUCCUUAAAAAGUAUGAACAUGUUGACCAGAAGGCAUGAAGAGGUAGACUUUAGGUAAUGUUUGGUCUGGUGUCAGAGCGUGUUUGCAUGCGGUUGUGUCUGGCAGAGUGUUUGCCGUUCUGAUGGGGACGAAGCUGCUGGACAGUCUGGGUGAAUCUGAAACGCUCCCAGAGGGAAGCAGUUCAAACAGUCCAACCAAUGUACCCACCAGGUUCCUACCUUCACAAACGUUAUUAAACGAUGCUGUACUCCUAUUUGGUCACACGAUCAAUAUUUUUUUACCAUUUCCAAGGAACAACAACUUACCCUUUGGCUCAACAUACUUAUGGUAUGUUUUCCUACUUGAUUUCAUGUAAACAUUAAAGGGUGUGUGAUGUGCCAGAAUAAUGUCUCGGUUUCCCUUCAGACUGUAGAUUUACACAAACAAAACAAAUCCAUUUCCUGCUGAGCAACAUUUCCAAAAGCUGUCUGGAUUUCCAAGAAACCUUCUGGAUUUGACAUAAUGUUGAUGUUACUGACAGACGGAAACAGUAAAACUCAGAGAAGAGUUUUUCCUGUUUAAUCAACCAAACAGUUGAAGAUCAGGGCGAUGAACUCACCUGUUCAUUUCAGUUUAUCUCUAUAGCACUAAUUCACAGCAGAUUUCACUGAGAUGUCAACUUGCAACAAUGGGCUUGGACCCCGUUGAAAGUUGCUUGUAGUUCUAGUUAGGCUUUAAUUUGACCAUAACAAAUUGGUCACAUGAUCAAUUUGUUCCUCCGGGUCUCAGCAGUGAAGACCCAGAGGAAAGGCUUCGGGCCGUAACACCGCUGUAUCGAGUUUAGACCUGCUUGGCUGGCUGUAUGCUAUGCUAAUAGUUAUGCUAUGCCUUUAGCAUAACACAAAGCAGGAGUAGAAUCAUAUAAAAUUGCAACUUAACAUUUUUGUUUUAAAUUAAUAUUAACAGUGAAUAAGUAGUUUUUAACAUCAGUUUUGAGAUUUUAUGUAAAAAAGGUUAUGAUAAAUAUUAAUCUAUAUUAAUUGACAUAAUCCUAAAAAAAGUAAGAACCUAUUUGAAGAGUUAUUUUUCAUGUUGUAUCAACGUGUGUUAUUCUGUUGAAGGAAACUGAUCUGUACAUCAGGCAGAAGAACUGACUGGUAGUGCCUCCGUCUACCACAAGGGGGCAGUCAUGGUUCUUCCUCCAGGCAUUGAGAGUCACUGUGGUUAUUCUGUCUCCCCUAUUUUCAAGGGUGUAGCAACAACACUUUGCCUCCAGCACAGAGGGAACGACCAGCCUGGAUAUUAUCAACUUUAGCUGACAGCCUGUAAAUUAUGCUUUUAUUUCCAGCUAGAAACCUCGGAUGUCUCUCCUCUCUCCAUUCUUUGUGUUUGUGUCGCUGCAGGUAUUACAGGGGGGGCGCCACUCCCCGAGACAAGAGGAAAGUAGCAAUAAACCUUUUUACCACAUAAAAUGACAAAAAUAACACACAAUGACUCGGAAAAGUGACUUUAAUGAGAUUACUAGACUGGAAAUAGUAACGAGUUAUUUUAGUCAUUCAAUUAUUUACGGAUCUGUCGGGUUCUGAUAUGUGUCCAUCCUCAGUGUAAAACUCUUUCCCGCCACUUCAGUUUCAUCGAGAUCCAGUAAUCGAUGAAGGAAGUUUCUUUUUCAGAAGUUCUGGUCCAGAGAUGACAACUUCUCUCUUGUCAGAAUUUAAAAGCAGGAAAACCAUCAAAGUCCCAGAGGAAAUAAAGAAAAACUGUUCAACAGUUAGGAGGCAUUAGUGUGUUCUGGAAACUACGUACAUUACUGUCAGGAGUUCGCAUGCAUACCACGAUGUCUGGU